AAAGAAAGAAAGAAAGAAAGAAAGAAAGAAAGAAAGAAAGAAAGAAAGAAAGAAAGAAAGAAAGAAAGAAAGAAAGAAAGAAGGUAUGUGGGGCAGCCGGAUUAAUUAACUCUGACCGUCUGCAACCUUCCCCCCUCAGUCCUGAGUAGGGGCUGCUCAACAAGUUAAAAGAUACCUGAGUGAUUUGCCAUUUCCUUCGACAACUCAUUUUACAGAGGAGGAAGCUGAGGCAAACUUGGUGAAGUGACUGUCCAGAGCUACACUAAAUCUCAUAAGUGUCUGAGACUGGAUUCGAACUCAUGAAAGCUAGUCUUUCUGAUUCCAAGCCCAGUGUUCUUUUCCAUAGCACCACCUAGCUUCUGAAGUUUCAGUAGACUCAAGUGCAGAAAGGCUUAAAGUCUGGGACCCUAACUUUUAGACCUGGCUUUUCUAGUAAUUGGUUUCAUGACCUUGAGCAAGUAACUUUUCUUUUCUGGGCCUCAGUUUCCUCUUCCGUAAAAGAGAGGUUUCUUUUGAAGCUAACCUUCUAAGAUCGAAGGUGAAGACUCCAAGUCCAGUCGGAGGGGGCGCCCCCGGAGGACUGGGGCUUUCAGUUGCGUGUAUGUGGGGAGAGGGACAGGUUCUCUCACCCGUUCCUCCCGGGGGAUCCAUGGCUGCACUCCAGGAACCAGAGGUCCACGAACCCCAGUUACUCGAAAUUCUGAGCCUCUCACAAUCCUCGCUCUCGGUCUCUACCCCUUUGGCCACCCAGCACUGCGCUGUGCCCCAACUCCUUCCAGCCCUGCUAUAUCCAUUCCCUGGGCCUUAUCUCCAAGGCCUCGGGACGGCUCUCCGCCCAGGCUCAGCUCCCCUCCCCCUCCUCCUAUGUUUGCUCUAGGUUCCGUCACCUGCUCCGCAGCUGCCGGCUUCCCACGCUGGCUGUUCCGAGUGCUGGGGAUGCCACUAUUUGACCUUAGUGGAGCCCCUUGGACAGCGCCUGGGGUUGGGGAUGAGGAGGCAAGAAUAGCUCUUUAAGAAGCAGGGCAGGACGUCUACAAUCAACCUCUGUGGAGGAGGUUCCCCAGCUCUCUAGGAGUGAGAUCUCUAACUGCAGCACACCCGUGUUUGUCUUGGCUGCUCCAUCGCCGUUACGCCCAUCCUCCCAAGGGCGCGGCCAUCCCUAGAGGCUUGAGGUUUUCGGUCUGGAGUUGGGGUGGGGGAACUGGCAUCAGGCGGGAAGCGGUACAAAGAGACCCCUUGUCAGCCCCAGUCUUGGGGGCGGGAUGUGUGUGGAAGGAGAAGGUGACCCGGGUAGUGCCAGGUUACAUCUCGGCUCCCUUUGCUAACUAAUUAACCUGUUCGCACCUUUUGCAAGUACCAUGAGGCUACCGCCCUACGCCCCGCUGCUUUUCAUCUUACUGGUGUCUCUGAAUGCUGAACUGCAAGCGACUCCAGCAGGCUCGAAGUGCAGGACAGGACCUCUGGACUUGGUAUUCGUGAUCGAUAGCUCUCGUAGUGUUCGCCCCUUUGAGUUUGAGACUAUGCGUCGCUUCCUGGUGAAUAUCAUUCGGGGUCUAGACAUUGGACCCAAUGCCACCCGCGUUGGCGUGAUUCAGUAUUCGAGCCAGGUGCAGAGCGUCUUCCCGCUGGGAGCCUUCUCCCGAAGAGAGGACAUGGAACGGGCCAUCCAUGCCAUCGUCCCCUUGGCGCAGGGCACCAUGACGGGCCUGGCCAUCCAGUAUGCCAUGAAUGUAGCCUUCAGCGUUGCCGAGGGUGCUCGCCCUUCGCAGGCCCGGGUGCCUCGUGUCGCUGUUAUAGUGACUGAUGGACGGCCCCAGGAUCGGGUGACUGAAGUGGCUGCCCAGGCAAGGAAUCGGGGUAUAGAGAUCUACGCAGUGGGCGUGCAGCGCGCUGAUGUGGGCUCCCUUCGCGCGAUGGCAUCUCCUCCUCUGGAUGAGCAUGUUUUCCUAGUCGAGUCCUUCGACCUCAUACAACAAUUCGGCUUCCAUUUUCAAGGCCGAUUGUGCGGAGUGGACUUGUGUGCAGACGGAACUCACGGCUGCCAGCACCUGUGCGUCAGCACACCGGGCUCCUUCCACUGUGCCUGCAACCCGGGCUACCGUCUGGCACCAGAUAACAAGAGCUGCUCAGCAAUUGAUCACUGUGCGGAAGGAAUCCACGACUGUGAGCACCUCUGUAUCAGAUCAGACGGCUCCUACACCUGUGGCUGCCGAAAGGGGUAUGCCCUCCAUCGAGAUAAGAGACGCUGCACCGUGAUUGAUCACUGCCGCUUCGGAAACCACAGCUGCCAGCAUGAGUGUGUCAGCUUCCCGGAGGGGCCCCGCUGCCGUUGCCGCCAAGGCUUUGACCUGCAGCAGGAUGGCCGGAGCUGUCAGGCCCGAGAUUACUGCAAUGGUGUGGACCACGGUUGUGAAUUUCAGUGUUUGAGUUCUGGCAGUUCUUACCGCUGCAUUUGCCCCGAGGGCCGACAGCUUCAGGCCGAUGGGAAGAGCUGUGACAGGUGCCGAACGGGCCAUGUGGAUCUGGUUCUGGUAAUCGAUGGCUCCAAGAGUGUCCGACCACAGAACUUCGAGCUGGUGAAGCGGUUUGUGAACCAGAUAGUGGACUUCUUGGACGUGUCUCCAGAGGGGACACGCGUGGGCCUGGUGCAAUAUUCGAGCCGAGUGCGCACGGAGUUUCCUCUGGGCCGCUACGGAACUGCGGACGAGGUGAAGCAGGCAGUCCUGGCCGUCGAAUACAUGGAGAAAGGCACCAUGACAGGGCUGGCGCUGCGUCACCUGGUGGAGCACAGUUUCUCCGAGGCGCAGGGUGCUCGGCCAAGAGCCCAGAAUGUGCCACGCGUUGGCCUGGUCUUUACUGAUGGCCGCUCCCAAGAUGACAUCUCAGUGUGGGCUGCUCGGGCCAAGGAGGAAGGCAUCAUCAUGUACGCGGUUGGGGUAGGUAAGGCAGUGGAGGAGGAGCUGAGGGAGAUCGCGUCGGACCCCCCAGAGCAACAUGUCUCCUACUCGCCUGACUUCAGCACUAUGACGCACAUGCUGGAGAACUUGAAAGUUAACAUUUGUCCUGAGGAGGGGAAAGGGGCGACUGAAUUGCGGAGCCCGUGCGACUGCGAUAGUCUUGUGGAGUUUCAAGGCAGUGCUUUGACGGCGCUGGGAAAUUUGGAACAGAAACUGGUCCAGCUGACGGCUCGAUUGGAAGACCUGGAGAAUCAGUUGGCCAAUCAGAAGUGAGGGUCAGCAGCAACUGGGACCCAGGCCGGCUUGCAGCCUCUUCGGUCCCUUCCUGCUCAUUCUGGAGAGUAGGUUUCCUGAGUAGGCAGCCCCGGAAAUGGGCGACGCUGCUAGUAAAGCACAGGAGGCCGGAAUCGCUCCCACACUCUUAAGCGGGACUCGAACAGGCUCUCAGAUUGCUGCGCGGACUCUACCUGAACAAGCUUGGGUUCGCCGCACUUUCGGCGUCCGGACUACGACUGCAGCGCCUGCUGGCCGGGGCCCAGCCCCUUAAAUCAUUGUGUAUUUAUGUGCUCUUGUUUUUGCUAUUUUUUUUUAAAUAAAAAUUGUCUCUAUUCCA